AUGUCUCGACGCGCAACCCCGGGCCAGGCUGCUUUGAACCAGCAGACAAUCAAGAAUCUGCUCAAACUCGAGUCCAACAAGAUCUGUGCCGACUGCAAGCGCAACAAGCAUCCGCGAUGGGCAUCAUGGAACUUAGGUAUAUUUGUGUGUAUCCGGUGCUCGGGAAUUCACCGGGGAAUGGGCACACACAUCAGUCGAGUUAAGUCCGUGGAUCUCGAUGCCUGGACCGAUGAACAAGUCCAGGGCGUGCUGAAAUGGGGCAAUGGGAGAGCGAACAAAUACUGGGAAGAUAAACUGGCGCCCGGUCACGUUCCAUCCGAUGCUAAGAUUGAAAACUUCAUCCGCACCAAGUAUGAAUCCAAGCGCUGGGUAAUGGAUGGACCGAUGCCAGACCCUGCGACUCUCGAAGGCGACGACGAUGAUGUGCCUCUUGCUGUUGUACAGGAAAAGGCCAAGAUAGAACGUUCUGCAUCUCACCGAGUAGCCGCACCCAGCCAGCCCCCAGUGCAGCGCCGCCCACAACCAUCGAUUGAUCUGUUCGGUGAUGAUAUCUCUCCCCCAGUGCGUCCCAGCACCACUUCGCCAGCCCCUCGUCCGCCACCCAAAUCCUCUCAGCCUGUGCCCCCGACAAAGACCCAUAAACCCGCCGAUUCGUUGCUUGGACUGGACUUCUUUGGGAGCACCCAACCAGCUGCGGCCAACCGCCCCACGAGCACUGCAUCCACACCUGCUGCCCCCAGUGGUAUGUCGCGACCGGAUCUAAAGCAAUCGAUUCUGUCUCUAUAUGCGAAACCUCAGCCUGCUCCCGUUCAGCAUGAGCGGAACAACUCCUUUGGUGAUAUGGCCUAUCCAGCAGGCCCGUCCGCAUCUUCCAACAUGGGCGGCUUGACAGACGCCUUUAGUGGUCUGAGCUUCCCUUCCACUACAUCUCCUCCCCCGGCUAGGUCGACUGAGAAGCCGUCUCCUUUCGCCAACCUUACUAGCUUCUCGAGCAUCAAGUCCACUCCCGCUGCCCCCAAAGUUACUUCACCUUCAGGAUCGGCCAGCAAUGACCUCUUUAGUUUGAGCUCCCCCACUAUGUCCGCGCCCAAGCCCCAAUCACGAACAACCUCCAUUUCCUCGAACUCCCAAGAUUUCGGCUUCGGCGGGUUUGCCUCUCCUCCGCCACCAAACCACUCGAAGCUCAACCCUCCUUCAUCAGCUCUUUCCAACGACCUCUUUGGCUUCUCUUCCCCGCCCCUUGCUCCGUCGGCACCACCGAAGCCCACUGCUGUCUCUCCACGGCAGGAAAUGAGCUCUGCAUUCAAUUUAUCUGGUCCUUCUUUCCAGCCUCCUGCGCCUCCUAAGCCUCAGGCUCCAACUGCCACGGUAGCGGCGGCGGGUAUGAUGGAUCCUUGGGGUGGUAACGCAUGGAACACACCUGAGCCUGCUCCCGCGCCGGUUGCUUCCCCGCCGGCUUACUCAGGUGCAUCUAUGAUGAAAUUGCCGGAUACACUAACUGCCAAUGAUGUUGGAGCUGGCUGGGGUGCCCCCAGUUCCGCAUCCAAGCCGACCCCCACCGUGGCGGCUGACGAAGAUUUUGGUGGAUGGACUAGCGCUGCUCCUGUCUCCUCUGGGCCUACCGCUACUUCCAACAACAACUCAUCCAAGCCGGCUGGCGGGUUUGGAGGAUCAGACGACCUCUUCUCCAAUGUAUGGGAAUAA